CGCAUUUCAAAUAAAUAAAAAUUGUCUUCUGGCUGCAGAAUCAUUUCUAGUACCAGUAAAAAUAUCGAGAGGUUGUUUUUGGCAAUGGCUACGUCAAAUUCGACAGCUUCUGCAUCACAGAUACAGAGCAGUAUCUCCUCAACUCCGUUCGUCGCAGCGGAGCAUAUGAAUGAUGGCAAGAGACAUUUGCUCCUGGCUGCUAGUGGAUCUGUAGCUACUAUUAAGCUUCCCAAUAUUGCCCAAGCUCUGUCUCGUCACCCAAAUUUAUCAAUACGCAUUUUGGUCACUCAAUCAGCAGAAAAGUUCCUGAUAGGACAGAGUGCAGAGCAACCUCAUCUGGAAUCGCUUCAGAGUAUUCCAAAUGUUGAUGGCAUUUACCGCGACGAGGAUGAAUGGACGUCUCCGUGGACCAGGGGAGGAGGGAUCCUUCAUAUCGAGCUGCGCAGAUGGGCGGAUAUGUUGGUCAUUGCUCCUCUCUCAGCUAAUACGCUUGCAAAAGUAGUCGUUGGCCUUGCCGACAAUUUGCUUACGUCUGUCGUACGGGCCUGGGAUACUACGGGUCUGAUCGAUCCUGUCUGUGGCAAGAAGAGAAUCAUAGUUGCACCAGCAAUGAACACCGCCAUGUGGCGACAUCCCAUCACCAAGCAGCAGAUCCGUGUCCUUGAGGAAGACUGGGGUGUCGAUGGGGGCCAGGAUGGGUGGUAUGAAGUACUCAGACCAAUGGAAAAGGAGUUGGCAUGUGGCGAUAUAGGCGACGGUGCCAUGAAGGAUUGGAGGGAGAUUGUAGACAUCAUCGAGCAAAGGCUGAAUCUGUCUACUUCUGCUCCCGCAUCAUAAAACCUUUCCAAAAUGAUACAACCACGGCAGAACUUAUCAAAGAAGCAUCGCAUCACAUUGGAGUUCGGUAUCUAUGAGUUUCUGGAGUUCAGGUCAAGGCGCAGGGAGUUACUGAUAAAAAUGCUUCUAAUAUAUUUUCCUGGCUAAAUGUCUAAAUAUUGAUAUCUUCGACUCGGUAAUGGUCUGCGACAAUUCUGUAAAGAUAUGACGGCG